CCCAACUGCCAUGGCGCUCUCCAUCUACACGCCCACCUCCUCCUCCCUCGUCCCGCCCUCCAUUCAGGAGGUCAGGCUGACUUCGCGACCGCCAAAGCCCGCGACUUUCAGCCUACGGAGGCCACAUCUGGCCGCGCGGGCCGCCGCUGGCAACGCACCCACGUCCCCGGUCCGCGAGGUCGUCACUGAGCUCGACGCGGUCGCCGGCUUCAGCGAGAUCGUGCCGGACACCGUCGUGUUCGAUGAUUUCGAGAGGUUCGCACCCACGGCGGCCACAGUGAGCUCGUCGCUGCUGCUUGGGAUCACUGGGCUCCCAGACACUAAGUUCAAGAGUGCGAUAGAUACUGCACUGGCAGAUGGUGAGUGCAACGCACUGGAGAAGGCUGAGGACAGGAUGUCCUGUUACCUCACCAAGGCUCUUGCAAAUGUUGGCGCUGAACUGGCUCAUCAAGUCCCUGGGAGAGUUUCGACGGAAAUAGAUGCUCGGUUAGCUUAUGACACCCAGGGCAUAAUCCACAGGGUACAUGAACUGUUGAAUCUAUACAACCAACAUGAUGUCUCAACUGACCGCCUGUUAUUCAAAAUUCCUGCUACAUGGCAAGGCAUAGAGGCCUCAAGGUUGCUUGAAUCUGAAGGAAUUCAAACGCAUCUAACAUUUGUUUACAGUUUCGCACAAGCGGCAGCGGCAGCACAAGCUGGUGCAUCUGUAGUACAAAUGUUUGUGGGCCGAUUGCGGGACUGGGCAAGGCAUCACUCUGGUGACCCAGAGAUAGAUGAAGCUUUGAAGAAUGGAGAAGAUGCUGGGCUUUCUUUGGCGAAGAAAGUAUAUGCCUAUAUUCACAGGAAUGGGUACAAAACAAAGCUGAUGGCCGCUGCCAUACGGAACAAGCAGGACGUAUUUAGCCUUCUGGGGAUCGAUUACAUCAUUGCACCACUGAAGAUAUUGCAGUCUCUGGAAGAAUCUGUCACCGAUCCCGAUGUGAAGUACGGCUAUGUCCCGAAGUUGACUCCUGCUAUUGGCAAGACGUACAACUUCACUGAAGAGGAGCUUGUGAAGUGGGACCAGCUGAGCCUGUCAGCUGCCAUGGGACCAGCUGCAGAAGAACUGCUUGCUUCAGGGCUAGAGGGGUACGUGAACCAAGCACGCCGCGUUGAGGAGCUCUUUGGGAAGAUCUGGCCACCUCCCAAUGUUUAACAACGGCGUUGAGAGCAAUAGCAAUGUGAUUUGCCUGGCAGGCUCACAAUGCUGCGCGGAAGACGAUUUGCUUCUUUUUGGAUAAUACACGAAGCACUCCCGUGUUUACGUUGACUUGACUUGCAGUGUGCAUGUAUUCUGUUUUUGUUUGUAAUUCAGAUGAUUUGCUGGAUCCAUGAGAACCUGUCGCCUGAUAUUCCCUGCAACUGCAAUCGUCCUCGUACGUACGGCUGGCAACGGCUUCUUGGAACAUCACCACCUGAGCUGCAGUUACAUGAUUCCAUUUAUAC